AUGGCAGAUCCUCCAUCCUACGACCAACAUCUCCUCGACCGUCUAAAUGCCCUCAAAAAGUCAACCAUUUCUCUUGAUGCAUCCAAACCAUCCAUACCAACGCCACCAAAACAAACAGCACCAGAAGAUGCAUUAUCCGCCCGUCUCCGCAGUCUUCGAAACGGCUCCUUAUCUCCCUCCCCAUCUCCUGCACCCCCGUCCAAAGCACCUGCACAUGCAGAGUCUAGCACAGCCUUGCCGACGGAAGACCAAGAUCCACUGCACCAAAACAUCGACGAGCAGACGCUCGAUGAGUUACUAGCAGAUCUCGGACCAGACGAUCAGUGGACGCUGAAUCCUGAUGAUCCGAAACAUAUCCAGAAGCUUUUGAACGAGGCGAAGAGUGCUUUGCCUCGGGAUGAAUUGCCCGCUGCUGAUGAGCCUCGGAAUGAAGAGGGGAAUGGCGAUGGAAAAACAAGCGAGAAGUUCUUGACAAGAGAUCUGGAUAUGUCUGUCUUUGCUUUAGAUGAUGGGGAGGAGACGAAAUCUGGAGAUGGGCGGGGGAAGGAGGCUGGAUUGGAGGAUGAAUCACGUGAGGCGCGGGAUAUUGUUGCGCGGCUUUUGGAUGAGGUUAGGUUGGAAAAAGAGAAUGAGGGCGAGGGAGAAGAGGAGGAAGAAGAAGAUAGCGUGACUAAAGAAAGAGGAGGAUUCUCACUACCCUCCGCGCCCUCCACACUCCCGUCACCUCCACCACCAGCCACAGAACCCAGCCGGAAAUCCCUAGACUUCGAAACCGACAUUGUUGCACGGAUGGCAGCGCUCAAAGGCCUCGGAUCUACGAACGAACUGGGCCUUCCUUCAGCUCCUACGUUUAAACCGACUGAUAAGUCUGCCAAGGAGAUUUCGAAGAAGUUUUCGGACGAGGAGAUUGAUAGCUGGUGUAUCAUUUGUCAGGAUGAUGCUACCGUGCAGUGUGAUGGAUGUGAUGGGGAUUUGUAUUGUGCGAAUUGUUGGAAGGAGGGGCAUAUGGGACCGGAUGUUGGGAGGGAGGAAAGGGGACAUAGGUGGAGUAGGUAUAAGAAGCCAAAAUAG